CCCAAACCGCUGAACAUAAAACUCUUCACUCUCACUCGUCGUCAGUUCGAUCGAGGUAGGAGACAGGGAAAGCUUAGCCGCACACAGGCGAGAGGCUCUGAGAUGUCGCCGCCGCCGCCGCCGCACUUCCUCGUCCUCACCUACCCGCUCCAGGGCCACAUCGCCCCGGCGUUCCGCCUCGCCAGGCGCCUGCUCGCCGUCGCGCCCGACGUGCUCGUCACAUUCUCCACCACCGAGUCCGCGCACGGGCGCUUGUUCGCGGCCAAGCCGGAGGGAGGCCCCAACGGCGGCGACGGCGGCCGCCUCGAGUUCCUCCCGUUCUCCGACGGCACCGAGUGCGGGUACGCUGGCGGCGGCGGCGUCGAGGAGUUCAACGCCUACAUGGCGUCCUUCCACGCCGCGGGCCCGCGCAGCGUCGGGGAUAUCGUCGACGCGCUGGCGGCGCGGGGCCGCCCCGUCUCCCGCGUCGUGUACACGCUCAUGCUCCCGUGGGCGGCCGACGUCGCGCGCGGGCGCGGCGUCCCAUCCGCGCUCUACUGGAUCCAGCCGGCCGUCGUGUUCGCUGUCUACCACCACUACUUCCACGGCUACGCCGGCGUCAUCGCCGAGCACCACCGCCGCGGCGACCCCUCGUUAGCCGUGGAGCUCCCGGGCCUGGCACCUCUGGCGGUCAGGGAUCUGCCGACGUUCCUCACCGAGUCCACCGACCCCGCACACUACUUCCACGCCGUCUUCCUCACGUUCCGCGACCUGUUCGACACCCUCGACAAGGAGACUUGCAAGGCUACCAUCCUCGUCAACUCGUGCCAAGAGCUCGAGGUGGGCGCACUCGCCGCCGUGGGGCCGCACGACGUGCUCCCCAUUGGUCCGGUGCUCCCGACCGGCGAAGAGGCCAGCAUCUUGAAGCCGGACGACGCCAAGUACAUGGAGUGGCUCGACACCAAGCCGGCGAGCUCCGUGGUGUACGUCUCCUUCGGAAGCCUGGCGACGAUGGCGAGGGAGCAGCUCGACGAGCUGCUCCAUGGCCUCGAGGAGAGCGGGAGGCCGUACCUCUUGGUGGUUCGGAAGGACAACAAGGCGAUGCUCGCCGGAGCCGAGGCGGAGAUGGGCGAACGUCUCAAGAACGGCAUCGCGGUGGAGUGGUGCGACCAGGCGCGGGUGCUGUCGCACGCGGCGGUGGGAUGCUUCGUGACGCACUGCGGGUGGAACUCGGUGGCCGAGAGCGUGGCGAGCGGCGUGCCCAUGGUGGGCGUGCCCAAGGUUUCGGAGCAGAGCAUGAACGCGCGGCUCAUCGAGCACGAGUGGCGCGUCGGCGUGCGCGCGGAGGUGGACAGCGGCGGCGUGCUGCGCGCCGCGGAGCUGAGGAGGUGCGUCGAGGAGGUGAUGGGGGACGGGACGGACGCGGCAGAGGUGCGGCGCAAGGCAGAGGAGUGGAAGCUGGUGGUUGCAGAGGCUAUGCGCAAUGGAGGAUCGUCGUAUUGUAGUCUCGUGGCAUUCGUAGACGGUGCAAGGAGCAGCACUUGAGUGAAGAGUGACAUGCGCCUUUGUUGUUCGUCGGAACAUCAAGAAAAUGUUUAUAGUGCAGAAUCAAUAUAAUUCAAUCUGAUUGCUAUAGUAUUUUUCGCGAGUUUA